AUGCUUCGGUACAACCUGAGGAUACCUGUCCAGGCGAAAAAAGCCAUGGGCUCUUUGGCUCCUCUCCGCCCAAUGAAGUCCCGCUUUGGGCUUCGUUGUAUAUCCGAUAAGCCGAAUGAGGUCUUUACGAAACUGUCCGAUGACAACGAUCCACAGAGAGAUGCAUUCUUCAAAUACUCGUGGGGCUCAUGGCUUGCGAACGACCGUCAAGAAAAGGAAAAGAGAACCACCAAGUUUUCCAUUGAGGGGCUAACAGAUGUCAUCAAUGACCUUCAUGCGCAGUCAAAAGAGAAGGCAAAGAGUGAAGCAAGUGAAGGCAACAUUCCCCCCCCUUCAUACAACCCCAAUCUUACUGUUUCACUUUCUCACAACUUGUCUGCACUAACUCUAGGCUCCUUGAACCCCAAUGAAACCUUAAGGGUGACAGCUAUGGCUAGUAUUCACGAGGGGAAACACCACAGAAUUUACAAGGUUGAUACGAAUGCGGACAAGUCGUUUAUUCUCAGGAUUCCCUACGCUACGAACAGUGAGGCUGCCAUUUCUUACAGGUUGAAGAGCGAAGUGGCCACUAUGGAUUUUGCCGACCUCAAGCUUGGGCUCAAAGUUCCAAAAGUGUAUUGCUUUGGCGCCAAUGCUUUGAACCCGAUCCGCCAACCGUUUAUUUUGGAGGAACAUAUUGAGGGAAGGCUUUUGAUGCGCGACUGGAAUCCACUUGAAGACGAUGCCUCAGACAAGAAGGCGCACAUAUCAAAGUUGAACAAGGUCAUUGACCCUUUGUCUCAGUUCCAAUCAAAGCUUUUGAGCGUUGAAUUCAACCAGUUCGGUAGCCUGUAUUUCGCUAAAGAUUACCCAGAUAGUGAAGGGCCUGCCUACGAGGGCGAAAAGAACGAAUCGUUGAAGAACAGAUGGAGUGUUGGACCUUCUGUGGAAAGAUGCUUUUGGAGACAAAAAUCAGCCCUACCUUUGGACAAGCUGAUGCAAUUUGUUGGCCCUUGGUCAAAAUCAAAGCCUAUGGAUAUUGUGAAAAGUUUGGGGCUACUGGAGGCUGAAAAUGCAAAGUCUAGGCUGGCACUCCAGCAGACUGACGCGUCGCCUGCCCCCAUUGAAGAAUCGAUACUCAGAGAGCAGGUUCGCACCUUUGAAAACUUGGCUGAAAUUUCGAGCUCGCUCUUCAACACCAAAUCGCAUGUGAUUCCUAAUAUCGACUCACUGCUCAAGCCACGCCUAUAUCACCCAGACUUAGACCCUAUGAAUGUUUUGCUGGAUGAAAAGGACAAUAGCGCGCCUUAUUUAUUGGAUUUCGAAAACACAAGCAUCAAACCCUUCAUCUUGCAAAACUCUCCGCAAUUUGUGGCCUACGACGGCCCCAAGAUCUACAACUUGGAGGAAGAUGUUGAGGGUUACAAAGAUUUGUCUGAGGCAGAGAAGGUCCAAUACCAAUUCAUGUACAAGCGCACGCGUAACCAGCACCUGUGGGAGUCUGCACUGAACAAGAACUUUAACAAGCUCAUAUCGGCGGUGGCUCCCCCCGUGAAGCUUCUCAGAAGUCCAUACGUUGCUUGCGUCGAAAGAAAGAACGACAUGGAGUACUUGCUGGUUGACGAGAGCCUCAUUCAGCUGCGUGAGGUGUGGGAGGUAUUCGCCAAGAACAAACUCGUCAGCGAGAAGAAAUUUCCACUGGAGUACACCGAGGAGCAGCUACAGAAACAUUCUACGGAUCUUAACGCCUUCCACGAGCAGCUGAUCAAAAGCCCAUUUGCGGCAACCCAAGGCUGGAUACCCCAAGACAUGUUUGAAAACCUAGUAAAAGCUGGUAUCUUGAUCAAAGACAAGAACGGCGACUACACGAUCAAGCAGUGA